CAACACUUAAUAAAUAUAACAUCCAUAAUUACAUUACAUACACACACUCAGGUUUUCUCUGCUGAGAAAAAGGAGAUUCAUUCUUCCUCUCAAAGCCUUUCAGGGUAAUAUUGUUUGACGUUUUUGAUUAAGAUGGGUGACUCGGAGGGAAGUGACAUUGGUACUCCUGCAACUGAACAGAUGGGGUUCUUGUCCAAUAUCCUGGAAGACAAAUCUUAUGGUACAGCAGUUGCACUUAUUGUUGCCAUUGCUGUACCAUUGGUUCUUUCUGCAAUGUUUGCAGGGAAGAAGAAGGUAAAACAAAGAGGUGUUCCGGUUCAAGUUGGUGGUGAGCCAGGUCUUGCUAUGCGAAAUGUCAGAUCAACCAAAUUAAUUGAUGUCCCCUGGGAAGGGGCUACAACUUUGGCUGCACUUUUUGAGCAAUCUUGUAAGAAGCAUUCACAGCUAAGGUUUCUUGGCACAAGAAAGCUAAUAGAUAGAAGCUUUAUUAGUGGUAGUGAUGGGAGGAAGUUUGAGAAGCUACACCUUGGGGAGUAUCAGUGGGAAUCAUUCGGGCAGGUAUUUGAACGGGUUUGUAGCUUUGCCUCCGGACUUAUUCAGCUUGGCCAUGACCCUGAUACCCGUAUAGCCAUCUUUUCUGACACACGUGCUGAAUGGCUAAUUGCAUUUGAGGGAUGCUUUAGGCAGAACAUAACAGUUGUGACCAUAUAUGCAUCAUUAGGUGAUGAUGCUCUGAUUCACUCUCUGAAUGAGACAAAGGUAUCAACCUUGAUAUGUGAUUCCAAGCUAUUGAAAAAAGUGGCUUCAGUUAGUUCGAGCUUGAAAACUGUAAAAAAUGUCAUUUACUUUGAUAAUGAUAAUGUUGAAGCUGUAAAUAAUAUCGGUGAUUGGAAAAUUUCUUCUUUUUCUGAAGUUGAGAGCAUGGGACAGAAAAAUCCAGUUAAUGCUAGACUUCCUAUCAAGAAAGAUGUUGCAGUGAUCAUGUAUACAAGUGGUAGCACAGGUUUACCAAAGGGGGUGAUGAUGACUCAUGGGAAUAUAGUAGCAACUGCAGCUGCGGUUAUGACUGUGAUCCCAAAUCUUGGGCCAAGUGAUGUGUACAUAGCAUACUUACCAUUGGCACACAUAUUUGAAUUGGCUGCAGAGACUGUGAUGUUAACUGCAGGUACUCCGAUUGGUUAUAGUUCAGCACUGACUUUAACAGAUACCUCAAAUAAAAUCAAGAAAGGAACCAUGGGAGAUGCUUCUAUGUUAAAGCCAACCUUAAUGGCAUCGGUUCCUGCUAUUUUAGACCGUGUCCGAGAUGGAGUAGUAAAGAAGGUUGAGGAAAAGGGAGGGUUGACUACAAAGCUUUUUAACCUAGCUUAUAAAAGACGGUUGAUGGCAAUAGAAGGAAGUUGGCUUGGUGCAUGGGGAAUAGAAAAGCUGUUGUGGGAUGCCAUGGUUUUUAAAAAAGUACGGUCUGUACUUGGUGGAGAAAUUCGUUUUAUGCUCUGUGGUGGGGCUCCUUUAGCUGCAGAUACCCAGCGAUUUAUUAAUGUCUGCAUCGGGGCUCCAAUUGGCCAAGGCUAUGGGUUGACUGAAACAUGUGCUGGUGCUGCUUUUUCUGAGGCGGAUGAUGAUGCUGUUGGGCGUGUUGGUCCACCUCUUCCUUGUGUCUAUAUCAAGCUUGUUUCAUGGGAUGAAGGGGGAUACUUGACAUCUGACAAACCGAUGCCGCGAGGUGAGGUUGUAGUUGGUGGCUUCAGCGUAACUGCUGGUUACUUUAACAAUGAAGAAAAAACUAAUGAGGUUUACAAGGUUGAUGAAAAUGGUAUGCGUUGGUUCUACUCUGGAGACAUUGGAAGGUUCCACCCUGAUGGAUGUCUUGAAAUCAUUGACAGAAAGAAGGAUAUUGUAAAGCUUCAACAUGGAGAGUACAUUUCCUUAGGGAAGGUUGAGGCAGCGCUUGCAUCAAGCAAGUAUGUAGAAAAUGUCAUGUUACAUGCUGAUCCUUUCCACACUUAUUGUGUUGCCUUGGUUGUCCCUGCCCGUCAAGUUCUUGAGCAGUGGGCCCAGAGUGCGGGUAUCACUUACAGUGACUUUGCUGAGUUGUGUGGUAAGAAAGAAACCGUCUCGGAGGUUCAGCAAUCUCUUGCCAAGGUAGCAAAAGAAACGAAGUUAGACAAGUUUGAGACUCCUGCAAAGAUUAAGCUGAUGCCAGAUCCAUGGACCCCUGAAUCAGGAUUAGUAACAGCUGCACUUAAGUUAAAGAGGGAACAAUUGAAAGCCAAAUUUAAGGAUGAUCUAGAAAAGCUAUACGGGUGAUACUACACCUUUUUGCGUUUUCUUUUGUGGUGUAGUUAGGAGAAAUAUUUGAUAUCACUUAUAUUUGUCGAUUUCUGUUUCUUUUAUAUAUUGUAAGACGUUGAUUUUGUACAAGACUCAUACGGUUGCUUUCUAGUUUAUACGUAUAAUAUAUAGUUAACCCUUACACUUGUUGCUUUCUUCA